AGGUGGCAACUCUGCGUUUAGCUAUGUUUAGUUUUUCUUGGAUUUUAUUGUUUUGAGCGGGGACUUUCAAUUAUGAAUCGACAUAAGCCAGAAGAAUGCAAAACACUAACUUACACCAUAACAAAGCAAGUUGCAGAACUUGUGUCCCGAGAAGUCUCAUGCUCGGGGGCUUCUGCUUUUCCAGGGUUAAGCCACUGCUGCCGUUUGUGUUUGGAGGAGCCGCAUCCGAACCAAAUGCUGGACAUGACUGACAUCUAUGACCAGGAGGCAGAACUGAGCUACUACGACUGCUACGAGAUCUGCACCAAGGAGGAUCUCCGCCAGAGUCCCAGCAACGAGCCCAGGACCUUGUGCAAACGUUGCGCGGUGGAGCUGCAAUGGGCCUAUGAUUUUCACAAGAAAGUAGCUCUAGCUAAUCAGCAGUUGAGGGAGAUCUUUGAGAUCACAGACACUAGUGAAGAGCCAGAGAAGGAAGAACAAGAGGAGGAAGAUGACAUCGAUGGAUUCAUCAUAGAGGAUAUUGAGGACAAGGAGGAUGACCAGGAAGAUUCAGUCACACACGACGACUCGGUUACCAUGGAGGACUUCGUGCCCCGUCAUCGCCACACGGGCAAAUUUAGCUGUCAAUUCUGCAACAAGGUGUUCAAGAACCAUUCCCGUAUGGCCAAACACCGGUUGAUUCACCUGGUCAACCGUCCCCACUUUCAGUGCAGCCAGUGCGACAAGGUCUAUCUCACCAAACAGGCUCUAAAAGUGCAUGUAGACUCGAAGCACCGACGAUCCGGAGAGUCCUGCGACACAUGCGGAAAGGUGUUUGCCAUUGCCAAAGUCCUGGAGAUUCACAAACGAUACCACACAAGGGAUUUUCCAUAUGUCUGUGAUCUCUGCGAUCGGCGAUUUGCACAGCGAUCGCAUUUAACAGUCCACCAGAAGGUUAAGCACACUGGAUCCCGAUUUAUUUGCGAGUUUCCCGGCUGUCAGAAGUCAUUUACCUCGUCUUCAUCUUUGAGGAAUCACGAGUGCACCCAUACGGCUAUGCCUUUUGAGUGUGCUCACUGCCAACAGAGUUUUCCAGCUCGUAACAAACUGCGAGUGCACCUUGAGCGCAAACACAAUAAGCGAGUGGAGAUGGAGGAGCUGGAAGAGAUGCGCAAGUUUCACAUUGUGCGCUCCAAGUUGGUCAUGGCGAAGGUUUACAAAGAGCACAGUCAAACAGACAAUAAUCGCCAAAGGGGUAGUGCUGAAGGUUCUAAUUAAAAAGAAUGUUUAGAGUUUGUUUUGAAAAAAGUGUUAUAAAAAAAGGAUUAAUAUCUUAGGUUGUGUUAAAACACUUACAAAAUAUCCCCAAAAGUAUGAGUAGAAUGUAAAGAGAAUGUUAAAAGUAUAAUGUAUUGUCAUUUAAUAUUAGUUUUGCUUUAAAUGUUUUGCAUCCGAAUUUCUGCAUUAAUAUUGAGAUUCAGCUAAGUCAAUACAUUCGCCUAAAUUUUUAUCCCACUAAAAACCUUUGAAAUGCUCUUACAAAUAUCACAUUCAAUUUAUUUCACACUUUCGUUUGGUUAACUUGCACAUAUAAGGUUAGAUAUUCACACACAUAUACAGAUAUUCGAUAUCAUAGACAAAAUAAAUGCUGCUAAAUCUGAUGGUAUACAAGUUUGAUCGCCGCCACAAAAAUAUGCGUUA